AUGGCGCUCUAUGGUGCAAAAGCUGACGGACAAACAGAUGAUAGCACGGCAUUUCUUCAAGCUUGGAAUGCUGCCUGUUCUUCAACUGGAUCAUCAGUUGUAUAUGUACCACAGAUGACGUUUCUGAUCAAUCCAGUUACCUUUGAGGGGCCAUGCCACAGUGACAAGAUUACAGUGCAGGUAGCUGGGAAGCUUAUUGCUUCAACAGAUAAUAGCUUGUGGAGCGAUAACAGCAAAAAUUAUUGGCUGCAAUUCAGGAAUGUGAUUGGCUUAACAGUUGAAGGUGGAGGAAUUUUAGAUGGACGAGGAGCUUCUUGGUGGACAGAGGUGAAUGGAAAGAAGACAAAUCAGAUUGGACCCACGACAUUGAGAUUUACAGGCACCGUGAAUACCAUAGUUAGAAAGAUCACUUCAAUCAACAGCAAGCAGUUUCAUAUAAACUUCGAUAGCUGCAAUUAUGUUGAGGUUGAAGGUGUGACUAUUAACGCUCCAGGUGACAGUCCUAAUACUGAUGGAAUUCAUGUGGGACAGUCUUCCAAUGUUCAAAUUAGAAACAUCAUUGUAGGAACAGGAGACGACUGUAUUUCUAUUGGACCAGGAUCCUUCAAUGUUGACAUUGAAGGAGUUACAUGUGGGCCAGGGCAUGGAAUGAGUAUUGGAAGUCUUGGUGAAGAUAACACCCUUGCUACUGUAAAGAACGUAACAGACAGUGGAGUUUCUUUUCACGACACACAGAAUGGAGUAAGGAUCAAAACCUGGCAGGGAUGGAACGGUUUUGCAACUGAUAUAACAUUCCAAAAUGUAAAAAUGGACAACGUACAAAAUCCCGUUAUAAUUGACCAAUAUUAUUCUCCAUAUGGAAUUCCUACAAAGGGUAAUUCUGGUGUGAAUAUCAGUAAUGUGCUAUACAAGAACAUAACUGGAACAUCGGCUACAAAUGCUGCAAUUGCUUUUGAAUGCAGCCAAAGUGUGCCUUGUGAAGGAGUCAAAGUAGACCAUAUAAAGUUGAGCUAUAACGAUGGAAAAGCAGAUGCUCAAUUUUUGUGUAAAAAUGCACACGUGACCGCAGUUGAUGUUGGGGCUGUGAAGAUGCUGUCAUUUGGUUUGGAGAUCGGCAUUUGGGAGGAGGUUUUCAGACUAAACAGACGCAGUGUGGCAUGGAGGCAGAAUAACAAUAGAAGAAGAUUCACUCAAGGGUGUUUUAAUAAUGGUGCGAAUCAUGGGAAUUCUGAGAAGCAAUUUAAGGGCUUUUCGAGGAAAUGGUCUUUGGAUCUAGGCAAUCAGCGAACGUUUGCUAGGGUUGUUGGCUUGGCAAAUAAGCAGACUGCAGCUAGGGUUUCGGUUUCUUCACAGCAGGUGGGAAAUAAGGUAAAUGUGAACCUCAAGGAAGCUAGUCCAGAAAAAGUAAGUAAGAUACCUUCUGAUCCUAUUCUACCCGAGGUUUCUUCAUCACAGGGAGAGGAAAUCCGAAAAUUGCCAAUAAUCCUUUUGGAUGAUGAAAUGGAUUAUCAGGACCACAAGGAAAAAGCAAUUAGAAGCCUAAAGUUUCUUUCAAAUUGGACAAAUGUGGUUGUCAACAAAGCAUCGGACUGGAUUUCAAAAUUUGUCCAGAUGGAAGGCUUGGAGCAGCAGAUUGAACGAAUCACCAUGGAAAGAGAAGGCCCUGAAGAUGAUGAAGAUGUGGAAUGCGAUUCUAAAGGUUAG